CGUAAGUGACGACGUCGGGAAGUCUUCGACGUACUGGUCUGCAGAAGACCAAAUGCUCCUGGUGCGAUGCAAGCGGGAGCAAGAUAUGCACCUCGCCGGCUUGUCUCACAAUUACGGGCGGAUGAAGACGAAAGAGUGGAAGUGGGAGGACAUGUCGAAGCGGAUGGUGAAUGCAGGGAGGCCGAAGGACGCUGACGACUGCCUGAAGAAGUGGGACAAUCUGUUCCAGAACUACAAGAAAAUUCAGAGGUUUCAGAAUGCCAGCGGGCGGCCAGAUUUUUUCAGGCUGACGAACGAAGAGAGGAAGGAGCACAACUUCAAGUUUCGGAUGGACAGGGCGCUGUACAACGAGAUCCACGCAGGCAUGGUGGGGAACCACACGAUUUUCCCUCCCAACGUUGCCGACACCGACAGUCCAGAUGGGGUGCAACUGCCCAGGCGAGGAGCGGGUGGCGGGGAGUCUGUUUGUAGUGAGGCGGUCGGUGAAGGCUGCCCUGACGAGCGUUCUUCUGCGAGGGAGUCUGACAGCAACGUAGGCAGCGGGGUGGGAGGCGGGAAGCGGAAGAACGCGCGUCAACAGGCAUUCGAGUCCAUCUCUGAUGUCAUGGAACGCCAUGGCGCACUGAUGUCGUCGACGAUCGAAUCGUCUAGCAAGCGGCAAUGCAGCACCUUCACUAGGCAAUGCGACAUAUUGGAGCAGGAAGUUGCCGUCCAAAAAGCGCGCUAUGCGGCGUCCGAUGAGACGCAGAGGAUCAUGUUGUUCUUUGCCGUCGUCAUGGGCAUGUCUGCGCGAUUGGACGCCCGUGGCAAGAAGCGAGACGUCGCGCUCGACGAAACUGAAGCCCAGGGGAAAGGUCGUCGGCACGUCCCAAAGGCGAGGAGGCCACGUUUGGAUGAUGCGUCAGCAAGCGUGCCGCAUCGUGGUGCGCGAGGUUGGUCGCAGCCGGCGGAAGAGGACAACAACGAUGAUUUCAUGACGGACGACGAUCAAGGCGAGGCGACGGCGCCUGCAGGACGGGAGAGUGCCAGGCAGCGUACUCCGGAUCAGAGCGCUUCGAAGAGGAUGUCAACCCCUCCGCCGGAGGCGCAGCAGCUGCGUGUCCGCGAAACGUGGAAAGAGAAGGGUGUUGUGGUGGACCUUGGCGGCGAAGACGACGAGCCUUUGGAGAGACGUCGCCUGCGCAGUGCGACACAAGCGACCACAGCGGCGGUGUCGACGGCUCGCGCUGCGGACGACGAAAGGCUGAUCACAGGUGCACUGCCCUGCACGCCGUCUCAGCCGCGUCAGCGCAACGACGGUGGUGACGCAGGAGUGGAGGCGGCAGGUGGCGCGGGUGUGGCUGUUGCAGGUGUUGUCCCUUCCGUUCCGGCGGCAAGAGAGGAGGUUGCAGUUCCGGCGACGACGACGGGUGAAGGACGCAGACUUUACAACAUCGUCCACGAAACCAAAGAGCACUUCGUCGCCAUCGCCAGCGGGCUUCCGCCACCUCAACUUUCGCGGAGCGUUGUUGUCCCCAAAUCCAGCACGAAGGUGGCGAGGAUCGCAGACCAAUCACAGCUCCAGCAGGCGAUCUCCCGUGCGGCGGCGGUGGAGAAUAUAGCUCUGUGCAUCUUUCACGGCUGGAUUUGCAAGUUCGGGAACCGCCCAAGGGGGUACACCCUUGCGUUCCAGUACUCGUUGGAGUCCGUAGCGACGGACAUUGCACGUGCAGUGUGGUACGACGAGGAGUGGCGCAACGUCGUCAACGCGCCGAUCUGCGCCCACACGAUAUAUUUUAACAUGGACCUUCCACUGUGGUACGCCGGUGCGAAUAUCGAGGACAGACCUGAGGACGGCGACAUGGCUGCGUACCAGGAGUCCACCGUCAUCAGCAUCGCGCAUUUGUUCCGCGCGGCGGUGCAAAUGGGCGCUUACAUCGACGGCAAUUUCAUCUCCUACGAGCGUCUAUGUCGGGUGGAUGACUGCUUCAGGCUGUUGCUGGUGGCGUCCAUGUGGAUUAUACGCAUGGCGGGAGACGAUCCGUGCAGUCACUACGAAGCGUUUUACUUCGCGGAUCUCGUUGCCAGGCCGACACUAAUCGCCUCCAUGCAUCGGUCCUUCGAUCAUCGACGAUCCGUCGUCCGCGCCGGGAACGUCGUCACGGAGAGGCUUGGGAAGGCGAAAGUCACGCUCGGAGUGUACCCCGACUACAUCCCUGAUUGGGCACCAUGCGGCAUCGGAUUUGCGCACGACGCGACCAUCAAGGGGCCAGAGGAUGCGAAGAGGCUGGAUUGGUUGGGUUCGGGCCCCGCCCAUGAUGACAUCAAAGGCGAAGGAAAAGACGAUGCAUAAGGCAGGCUGUGUCGUUGUCUGCGUUUCACUUGUUCUUGUUCUUCGUAUUGGCUUCACGACAUGCAAUAGACAUGCGAUGAUCAUGGAUUGAGAGAAUGCAUGACGGGAUCGUAUAGAAGCUUGUUGUACAUGUCAUUCCACCAGAACAGCACACAAAACCGGUCAUGGAAACUGAAAUGAAGAUAUGCACCAAAAAACGAUAAAGAUAAUCAACAUUU